AUGUUUAUUCCAAGGCUUCGCUCCUUGUUAUUCUUAAUGCAUACUGUAUGUAUACCUUGUGCCAGCCCCCUUGGUCUAUCUUUUGAAAUCGUGCUCAUGGAGCUGGUCGAGCUAUCCACCGUUUCUCUAGCUGAAGCAAUGUUUGAGAAACUCGGGCUCCCUAAACCAGUCUACCAUGUGCAUCAGCUUGAGCAGGGUGGGUAUAAAGCGCAGGUUGAAUUUCACCGUACAAAAGAGCGUUUUCAUGCUUCAGCACGCCGGGUUAAACUGCCAAGCCCUGUAUGUGUGGAUGGGGAGGCAUCAAUGAAUCACAUGGAAUCCAGAGAGGCAUUAAUGUGUAUCAUCUUGAUUGUCGCCUUGACCUUAUCAAUCCCCUUCUUCCCUCCGUGUACCAAACCUUCUCUCGCUCACCCUGUCUCUUCCAGACCAUCGUCGUUGUUCCUCAACUUCGAUUGCAAUAUCAACACGUCAGUUCCUCAGGUGGAUCCUCACUGA